UUUCUUUCCCACAAAGCCAAGAUUCACAUCAACAUCAUUGUCACAGAGGGCGAGAGAGAACGAGUCAGACGCAGGCACAUAUAUACAUGUAGGCAGACUGGUGGCCUUCGCAAAAAUUCGUAGAAUAUAAACAACGUUAUUCACAUUUAUUCACAUUAGGAUUUUGGGUACACUGGAGUUGUCGAUAAUCUCCGCAUUGGCUCGCUUAGGUUAUGCCGUUACCCCCUCAGGUUUUGUUAGACUUCAAUUCCAAGGGAUUAAUAUCACUUAGGACAUGGAGCAAAUAUGCCUUUGGUCAGAUUGCUAUCUGUAUCAAGUGUUAUCAUUCCAAAAAGUGCUUGAUGAACGGUUUCUCAUCCAUGUGGAUUUUCUUCUCGUUUCCUUUGUCAAUUGCACUUAGUGAGGAGCCUUUCUUGAAUGAUCAGUUCAGGAUGCCGACUGCAAAUUCUUUAUAAAAUAGACAUUGGAUCUUUUAUGCAAUUUGACAAACUGCAUACCUUGUUAUGAUGUCAGUUGUGACUAUACUGUUAACUCAUGCAAUUUCAGUGUUGCUAGUGAUUUCUGAUACACCACCCAUUUGAGAUCAUUUGGAACCCUUCACAUGAGGGCUAUAUUCUGUGAGCAAAUGGAUGAUGUUUCUGAACAUCAUUGAAGAGUUAGAUUGACUGUUGCACUCUUUCUUAGAGUUGGUAGUUUUUAUACACAUCUUGGCAUUUUCGCUAGACAGGUGCCUGGUGCAAGUUAACCAAUUCGCUUGACUGAAGGAUCACAUUAGCUUCUUCUAGCAUAUCUGAAAAGGAAUGAACAUUAGCUCUGUCUAUUAUAUAUGACAAACUUGCCAUACUGUUUGAGAGAACACUUUGGACAGUGUCCUGGGCUGAGAAUUAAAUAACUAAUCCCCGUUUGAUUCAACUUCGUUCUGCUCCGGCUAGUAGUUGGGUGAAUAUCGAGAUGAUCAACACUUGUUUUCUUACCUUACCCUACCUAGCUUAUUAUUCCUUUGAUGUCAUGGUGGUAUAUCUCAUGAAUAAGGCUGUGGAACCUGUCCAUCAUAUCCUUACUGGUUUUACCAUCAAGUGUGGGACCACACACAAUUGACGGUGAAUUUUACCUAAUCAGCCAUGCUAGUAGCUUAUAUGUAGUUCCUCUUUUUCAGUGUCAACUAGAGGCACAGUACUUACACCUUCACAGUGUCUACAUUCUUUCUCCAUCUUGAAUAAAUAAGUGAGUGCUCCGUGCGGGUUAAGUAUAAAAAUGGAUAGGUAUAAGAUAAUUAAGGAGGUUGGUAAUGGUACAUUUGGAAGUGUAUGGCGAGCAAUCAAUAAGCAAACUGGUGAAGUGGUUGCAAUCAAAAGAAUGAAAAAGAAAUAUUAUUCAUGGGAAGAAUGUAUAAACUUGAGAGAAGUCAGGUCAUUGAGGAGAAUGAACCAUCCAAAUAUUGUGAAGCUCAAGGAAGUGAUUAGAGAAAAUGACAUCUUGUUCUUUGUGUUUGAAUACAUGGAGUAUAAUCUAUACCAGCUUAUGAAAGACAGAGGAAAGCUGUUCUCGGAAACUCAAGUGAAAAAUUGGUGUUUUCAAGUAUUUCAAGGUCUUGCAGACAUGCAUCAACGUGGAUGUUUUCAUCGUGAUCUCAAGCCAGAAAACCUGUUGGUUACAAAGGAGAUCAUUAAAAUUGCUGAUUUUGGCCUUGCCCGUGAGAUUAAUUCUCAACCUCCAUAUACAGAAUAUGUUUCAACCCGCUGGUAUCGGGCUCCUGAAGUUCUUCUCCAGUCACCAACAUAUGGUUCUGCUGUUGAUAUGUGGGCCAUGGGUGCAAUAAUGGCUGAGUUGUUUACCCUUCGCCCUCUAUUCCCUGGCUCAAAUGAAGCAGAUGAGAUCUACAAAAUAUGCAGUGUAAUAGGCACCCCAACAAUGAGUGAAUGGUCAGAAGGUCUGGAACUUGCUAAUGCGAUUGGUUACCAGUUUCCACAGAUUGCUGGUGUACAUCUUUCUGCCCUGAUACCAUCUGCUAGUGAGGAUGCAAUUAAUCUUAUAACAUCACUUUGUUCAUGGAAUCCCUCCAAGCGACCUGCUGCAGUUGAUGUCCUUAAGCAUCCUUUCUUCCAGAGUUGCAUCUAUGUUCGUCCAUCUAUACGGUCUAAAGAAGUCCUCGGUAGAACACCUCCAUCUGUAGGGCGCUAUAACAAUGGAUUUGCUUCUGCUGGAACAAAGGCAUUUGAACCAAAAGGCAAUAGGUGGUCCUCAGGUGCUCUCUCCCACCCAAAGCCCACUAGUAACUUCUCUCCUGCCAAGUCCCAUGUGUCCUUGAAUACUGCGGGUGUGCAAAGAAGGUUGGAUAUGAACUACCAACAGGAUGCGAUGAAGAAUGAUAAACCUGUUAAGGCUUCGAUAAAGCAACAACUGAAAAACCGGGCUUUAGCAAGGGACAACCAACGUGCAAGUGAAAAACCUAGUGUAGUCUCUGGUGCAACAGAAAAGCUAGCCAACAUGACAAUUGGGUCUACUAGAAGAGUAGCCACAAAACCUGUGCCUCAACCUAUGAAGGCUGGAGGAUGGCACGCACAACCUGAUGCGUUUCUUGUGAAAUCUCAGGAUAUUCUUCCCGGAAGAAGUUACACAAGGAAAGUGGCGGGAUGAACCAAUUUCUUGCUCUGUUGCUUUUAUAGUGUGUGCUAUUGCUGGUCCUUUUUUCUGUGGCUAAAAUAUGUUUUGUUGAGUGGGUGAUCCCAGCCACUUCUAUGGUAUCUUUCGUUUUGUUUCGUUUUAUUGACAUUACUUGUCUCAAACGCAAGUUCUCGUGUGUGUGUGUGUUUUUUUCCCGUUUCGACUUGGUUAAUAAAAUACUGGUUUGUGUUUUUGAUAUUUUC